CUCCCCUUGAUGGCUCUCCCUGGCCCCACCUCUGGUUUCCUGGCCUGGGCCAAGUCCUCUCCAAGGUCCCAGUCGUCCCACUCCAGAGGCCUGGUCUCGGAGCAGGGGAGUUAUUUCUGGGGAAGCCCCCGCUCCACAAGCUGCCUGGGCAAGAUGUGGUGGCUGCUUCUCUGGGGAGUCUUCCAGGCUUGCCCCACACAGGGCUCCGUGCUCUUGGCCCAGCAGCUACCCCAGCAGCUGACAUUCCCUGGGUUCCCGGAGCCAUACCUCGAAGGCCAAGAGAGCACCAUUAUCAUCGAGGCCCCGGAGGGCUUUGCUGUGAAGCUCGUGCUCCAGGACUUCAACCUGGAGCUGUCCCAGGACUAUGAGCAGGACUCGGUCACAGUCACAGCCAGUAGGAUGGACCCAAGCCUGUUCUGUGGCCAGAAGGGCUCUGUGCUGGGCGGUACCCGAGGCCAAAGGCAGUUUGUGUCCUCAGGGAACCAUUUGCGGCUGACUUUCCGUGCACCUGCCUCCUCUGAGGACCAGACAACUGGCCUCCACAAGGGCUUCCUGGUCCUCUACCAAGCCGUGAGUAUGAAAAGCCAGGUUAGUGGGGGCUCUGAAGCCCCACACACACCUGGAGGCAACUCCUCCAACAUCCAGAACCACUGCCAGGAGCCCUAUUAUCAGGCAGUUCCAGCAGGGACGCUCACUUGCACAGCCCAGGGCCCCGGGGAAGAGGCAGAGGACAGGCAGGAGGUCCCUCACUGUGUGCCAGUCUGCGGACAGCCAGUCACCCCCAUCGCCCAGAACCAGGAGGGCCAGGGUUCUUCCAGAGCUCAGCUGGGCAACUUCCCAUGGCAAGCCUUCACCAGUAUCUACGGCCGUGGGGGCGGGGCUCUGCUGGGCGACAGAUGGAUCCUCACUGCCGCCCACACCAUCUAUCCCAAGGACAGCGUCUUUCUUGGGAAGAAGAGGCGUGUGGACGUGUUCCUGGGCCACACAAACAUAGAUGAGAUGAUAAAACUGGGAAACCACCCCGUGCGUCGCGUGGUUGUGCACCCGGACUACCGUCAGAACGAGUCACACAACUUCAACGGGGACAUCGCCCUCCUGCAGCUGCAGCACAGCGUCCCCCUCGGCCCCCACCUCCUCCCGGUCUGUCUGCCCGACAACGAGACCCUCUACCGCAGCGGCCUCCUGGGAUAUGUCAGUGGGUUUGGCAUGGAGAUGGGCUGGUUAACUACUGAGUUGAAGUACUCAAGACUGCCGGUGGCCCCGAGGGAGGCCUGUGAGGCCUGGCUGCAAGAGAAGCAGAGGACUGACGUGUUCUCUGACAACAUGUUCUGUGCUGGGGAUAAGGCCCUGUGGCAGAGUGUCUGCCAGGGGGACAGUGGUGGCGUCUAUGUAGUGUGGGACGAUCGUGCCCAUCACUGGGUGGCCACGGGCAUCGUAUCCUGGGGCAUCGGGUGUGGCAAAGGGUACGGCUUCUACACCAAAGUGCUCAACUACGUGGACUGGAUCAAGGCAGUGAUGGAUGGGAAGGGCUGACCCUGCGCAGGCUGAGCCUCACACCAGCUCUGUGAGGCCCCAGACAGUAGAGGGUUGAAAGUGAAGACAGCGCCUUGCAGGUGGGGAGGGAGGGAGCCAGGGAAUCCGUAUUCGAGUCAUUGGGUGAGACAGCACUCCUCCUCUGCUCAAGGCUGACCCCAGCCCAGACAGGAAGGGCCUCCCCCAGCCCCUCCCCCUCUCCCUGUGUCUCCCUGUGAGUUUGCACUGUGCCCAGGAAAGCCCUGUACCCCUCAGGGGGUUUCACCUCGAACUUUAUCUCCGGCUGACACAGCUUCAUCUGUCUCUCCUGGGAGACAGCCAGCCUCUCACCCCUCUGUUCAAGUGGCGUACGGGGGCAGUAGUCUUAACUGCAUUUCAUCCCUGAAACAUGCCAAAGCCCCUUUAGCUGACCUUCAAAUAUUCAAACUCUCAGCUGCAAUCACAGUGAUGGCUUGGUUUUUGUUACAUCUUCCACAUACCAGGCAAUUCAUGUACAUUGUUUCACUGACUCCUCACACCGGGUUUGCAAAGGCUGUGCUAUAACCCACAUUUUAAAUGAGGAAACUGAAGUUCAGAGAAAUAAAUCGACUUGCCCUAAUGCCACAGCUGAUCCAGGAUUACAAAGGCCCUUUGCCUUCCAGUGCCCCUCGACACCCUCUCAGGGGUCCUCAGAACCUGCCGUGUCACCCACUCCCCCUUCCCAGCCCCCACAACCCUACAGAUGCUUGCUUCCUGGGGAUUCCUGCUGCAGUCAGGGCGGGAAGCUGGUGCUCACUUUCCCAGGGGCCUGUCUCCUGCAGACAGCACGCCUCCUGGGCUCAGCCUGGAGCUGGGUGUUCCUGCAGACAUGCCCCGUGCUGCUGGACACCCCAGGCCAUGCUCCACCUGAGAAGACCAACUGUUUAAUUUUUAGUGAGGACAUGAGGUGAUUUACAGUAAAAGGCACAAAUAAAAUACACGUGUUCAAAUAGAACUAGGAAGUGAAGAAAAAAACAGAAGAGAGCAAAUUUACUAGUAUUAAAAAUCAAGGGGGCUGUGUGGUUGAAGGUUAAAUUUGUAUUUGAAAAAUAGGAUUCAAAGGUGUACGUACAUGUGGUAGUUCUAUUUUAUAAACCUGUACACAGUACAAAAGACUAUUAAAAAUAUGCUAAAAAUA